AUGCACAAAUUGAUGACCCCUUUGCUGGUGUGGGGCUUGGAAAUUUCAAGGAAGGUGGUGGAGCUUUACAUUCAUUGAGUACUAUUGAAGUGGAAGUGGAUGCAAAACUCUGAACUAGUAUCACAUUGAUGAAUAGUUGACACUGGCUGGCAUUCUUGAUACAUGGAAAGGAAUGGAUGCACGCCCUACUUUAUCCAUUCAAAAAUCAGGUGCAAAGCAUCUUACUAACCUGGGAGCAUCUGCAGCUAUGUCCUCAUCUUUGCCAGUUCGGGCCAUACCUCUGGAAGAAAAAUAUCCAAUAUUGCCAGACUCUCAACAAGUUUCAUUGGAAAAGGAACUGAUGACAUAUUCCAUGGCUCCAGGUGGAUCUUCACUGGUUGCCAACAGUGGGGUUGUGGGACACAUAUUUUCAUCAGACUCGGGAUUCUCCUCUAGAAAUGCCCCCUUCAUUUCUCAGUCAUCAAAUAAUCGAGCACCUGUGCCUUUAAUGCCAUCUUCUCAUUCAGGACUGUUUCAGUCUAGCGCAUUGAAUCAUUAUUCCAAAGAAAACAGCAAUGUUCCCUGGUGUACAGAGGAUUUCCUUGAUUUUUCUGAUAGUGUCCCUGUCCAAAAUAGUCAAAUAGAAAGUAUUGCUGUCAUGGCAUCUGAGGACCCUAAUAAGCGGAAUGAUUGGCAGGAAUGGGCAGACCAGCUUAUCCAGCUUAGUACCGAUGAUGAUGCUUUGACUCCUGACUGGAAUGAGCUUCUUGUUGACAACAGUGCUGUGAAUCCUGAACCAAAGACAGUAUACCAGGUGCCCAAACCAUCUUCAAAUAUCUCAGUGCCCCAGCCCCAAGUUCAUCAGCAGCUUUCUGUUCCUUCUGGAGAACUUUGCCCUGUUGCUAGUCCCACUUCCUCUGUCAAUGGUGCCCCAACCAAGCCACGUAUGCGUUGGACACCUGAACUGCAUGAACGUUUUGUAGAAGCUGUUAAUCAGCUCGGUGGCAGUGAAAGAGCUACUCCCAAGGGCGUCCUAAAGCUCAUGAAAGUUGAAGGCUUAACUAUCUACCAUGUGAAAAGCCAUUUGCAGAAGUACAGAACAGCUAGGUAUAGACCAGACUCAUCAGAAGGAACAUCAGAGAAAAAAACAAAUCCGAUUGAUGAAAUGCCAUCUCUAGACCUGAAAACGGGCAUUGAGAUUACUGAGGCAUUGCGACUACAAAUGGAUGUUCAGAAGCGAUUGCACGAACAACUUGAGAUCCAAAGAAAUCUACAACUACGUAUAGAAGAACAAGGAAGGUAUCUACAGAUGAUGUUUGAGAAGCAAUAUAAAACCACUAGUGAGAAGUUCAAUGCCUCUUCAUCCAGUCUUGGUGAUCCCGCUGCUCCCUCAUCAGAUGUACAGCCGUAUUCCCCAGUGAAAAAUGAAGCAGAAACAUCAGAGAAGGAUUGUGCUGGAACAGUGAAUGAUGCAAGUGAUGAUGCCAGUGCAAUACCGAAUCACAGUUUUCUGAAGUCAGGUGGGAAGCAAAUGGCAUCCGAAAUCAGACCCACUAAGGACCUUAAACCUGAUGGCAUUGGCAAGUCUAGUUCUCCACCCACAAAGCGUUCAAGAGUGGAUGACACAGCCGUCUCAUGUACCAAAUCUCCAUCCGAAUGACAAAGCCUAUACUGCUGGCCUUGCUGCUUGUGAUGACAUGAUGACCUUAUAAAGAGGAAGCUGUGAUGACUAAUGCUAGGGGCAUUGGAAUUUUGGAACUGGAGCUAGUAACUAGACGUGGGCAAUAGCAUGUGCUAUCUUUUGAAUCCAUAAAAACAAUAUAUGCGUUUUGAUUGAUAUGUUUAUCAACUUCCUGAUUUGUGCCCUUUUGAGGUACACUGCGAACUGGUAUUGAAAGACGGAUGCAUUGUAUAUGGCCAUGAAGAGAAAUAUUUAUCGUAAGGAAUCCUAUAGCCUUAAAUUUUAU